AUGAGUGAGACAUCGUCCAUUCACUCAGCGAAGCUGGUUUCCCUGGCCCGAUCUCUUUCUGGGCUUGGGCUUGACGCUUCCAAUGGAGGUGCUGUCAACCCCCCGGGCAGUGAGGACCCCCCUCCCCCGGUACAGUGUCUUCUCAAUAAGAAUGUUUAUAUUAAGUAGUUUGAACAUCCUGGAGCAUAAUGUAAGCUGUAUCUUUUUUUCAGGGUGUUUCUCUUUGUGCAGACACACACAAUUAACAUGCUCAUCCAUGUUAGAUCUCUAUUUUACUAUUUUGAAAGCCUCAUAACAUACACCUACAACAGUAACCUAUAUCAUCUUUCUUUUAGGAGUCUGGCAUUGAGCUAGGUCCUGGGUUAUAUUUUGCUGAUGGCAAGAGAAAAGUGGACUACGUCCUUUGCUACAAAUACAAAAAAAGGAGAGUAUCAAAGGCACGCCUUUCAAUCGCAUCAAAUGGGAGUAUACCAUUUCCAAUACCAGGUCGAUGGGACAUAGAGCCUGGGGAGGCAGGUGCAGCAGCAGGAGACAUGGAGGAGUCAAAGCUGACUGAGGAGGAGAAGGUUUUAAUAAGGGAGGAGUUUGAAGCAGGUCUGCAGGAAGCCGGACUGCAGAUUGAACGGGACAAAGAGGUGUGCAUCUGAUCCUACAAUGCUCUUAAUGUGAUUGUUUUUUCAUCUCGUGUACUUUUCAAUUGACAAUUAUGGGUCAGGUGGCCUUCUUAGGUGAUGUGACCACAAAGCCUGUGAUUGGAUGACUGCCAAACAGGUUAAGGAUAAGACUUAGCCUGUCUCCUGAAGCUGCAGAACAUGGCUGCCCUCUAAUUAAAUGAAGAACUUAUUAACAUCAUUAAACUACACGAUAGUUUAAUAUAACAUUGAACAAAAACUAAGCUGAAUAUCUCCAGAUACACUAUGAAUUUAUCUGAGACUUGUCUAAAAGUAUCAGGACCGUCUUGUUAAAUAAUUAACGUAAAACAAGCACAGUGCUGACUCUACAGUAUGUGCAUAUGUUGAGGUUUGGAUUAACAAUGUGAUUAAUGUGUGGCUCUGCAUGUUACUUCUCAGCGUCUGAAAUCGUGCUUUUGUCUGUGUAUCUGUGGUUAUGUGGGAUUUUGUGUGUUGUGUGGUUUGGCAGAGGAUUAAGGCUGUGACCGAAAGUGUGAAGCCAGAAGACAGAUUAUAGGGCCUUAUUAGAGAGAGUGAUCCACUGCUCGGAAGUGGAAAUGCUGGCACAUCAAUGUAAAUGAUUGCAUGGCUGGAGAAAGGAGGGUGGGCUUGACUUUCCUUGACUGGAUCAAGAUUAGACAGGGUGUAAUCUUGUCGCUAUGUUCUGUUUCAGCAUACGUACCUAAAUCCCAAAUCUUUAUUUGUGGCCAAACAAAUACCACCUCUAAACCAAAAUAUACCAAACUGAGUAUUUUAUUGUUUCAUGAGAAAUACAGUACACACUUGUUUGGAUUUUUUUAAGCUACAAUACAUCUCAAAAAGUUUGGACAGGGGCAUGUCUGCUGUUGUGUCACAUCCUCUGAAAAUAAGUGGGACUUCUGGAGACCAGUUUCUGGAGUUUUGAAGGUGAAAGGUCCUAUUCUUGCCCGAUUUACAUCUUAAGAUACUGGUGACAAGUUGGGGUUGUUUGCAGGCUAGUUUAGCACCCAGACUCUCCUACUACAGAGCCAUACUGUUGUAAUAUGAGCAGAAUGUGGUUUGGCAUGGUCUUGCUAAAAUAUGAAGGUCUUCCCUGAAGAAAAAAAAAACAUUGUCUGAAUAACAGCAUAUGUGCCCUGAUCUUUAAACCUGCAUUUAUGGAUGUUCAUUGACAAGUGAAUUGAUGUUCAUCCCUUGCUGUGAUUUCCACAGCAGCCAUGUCUGUUUUAAAUUCAUUUCCACCUUGCGGUUCAAAGAUCAUGUCCACUCAUUUUGGUCUUGUCCCCUUUGUACGUAAAUUUCUCCAAAUACUCCAGAUAAUUUCUUAAUAAUAUUUUGCACUUGCAGAUGAUCCCCCAACCCCCAAGAAAAUCCCCAACUUUUUUGCAAUUUCAUGUCUGGGAACACCAUUUUAAAAAUUCUCUUAACUCUAAAAUACCCAGUCAUCUUAGCUGGGAGAAAUCCCUCUUGGUGUAUUUUUUAGCAUUGGACAACUUUUAUCAUUGUUUUACUGUCCUUGUCCCAGCUUUUCAAAAUGUAUUGCUGGCAUCAUAUUUGGAUGGACAAAUCAAACAUCAAACUAUUUUCGGUUUCAGUAUUUGAGACUUUUUUCAGUCAAAUAUAGUUAUAUUGAUUUGCAAACCAUCAAAAUCCAUUAUUUGCACCACACUCCUUUUUUGUUGUUGUUGCAAUGACGGUCGUAUAAAGAAUUUAUUUCUAGUCACAACUAAGACAGCAAUGCAGAGUCUGUUGUGCUGCUACCUCCAGAGAACUGCCUGUAAAUGGCUGAUAUCACACAGUGAAGCACAUGCUGUUUGAGCAGCAGCAUUGUGACAGUAACUGCAUGAGCCAUGGUCCAGAGAGCAGGUAAUAGCUUGUCCUUUUUUGUGAUCAAGACUGAUAAUUGGCAACAUCAUAAAGGCUUUUGUGCACUUCUCAAAACAGGUCAUAGUUCUCUGCCCUCAUGUCCUAUACUGUCGAGGAUUGGGAGGUUCAAGGCUUGAAAUAAUGGGAUUCCACACAAAAAAGCCUCAUUAUAACACAAAGUAGCAUGCUUACAGGUUUAAAGAAGGCUCAUCUGGUGGCCUUGGGACAAGUAGCAGGAGCAAUUAAAUGCAAAGACAAAUAGAGUGAGGAGGACAGACUGACACAUAGUCUGUCCAUUUAGACCUGAAAAAGAUACUGAAGAAUGCUUUAUCCAAAUCUAGCAGAAAAAACAUCAGGUUAAUGUUGUGGAGUUAUUCUAGGUAAAGCAGUUCUGUUAUGUAAAAACAUUCAUAUUUAAUGUCUGAAUGUGUUGUGUGCCUGUGCAGAAGUCAAACUGCCUUCGGUUUCUUCGGCUGCACAUCCCCUGGACAAUACUCAGCCGAGAGGCAGAGCUUCAGAAGAUCAAAGUGGCUGUGAAAAAGGUCAGCUGCUUGACACAGUUGCACAUUUACCAGAUGACAUUUAUACUCAGUAUCAUACAUGGUUAAAAGUAGAAUAAUUUGCCACAUUGACAGAAAUCUGAUAUGGACGCACUAUGGAUGCAGUCCCAUUUUAAGACCAAGGAGAUGUCAAAAAAGUAGCAUGAUUAGUAUAGACAGAUAUGGUGUGCUGUUAAUGUAACAAAGUAUAAUCCGUCUUAAAUUUUCUUGGAGCAGAAGUGUGAAUUGCGGAAACCGACAGGCAUCGCUGGGUUUUGGCACUACAUGAUGACCAAAGUCAACACACCGUUUCAGCCAGAUGUCCCUGAAUUUGACAUUCAACAAGACUCCCAAUCAAAUGUCCAUUUCAAAACUCUCAGACAUCCUUUUAUCAGAGACAAACUUCACCUGUGAGUACCCAACCUCUCACACACAUGAACAUGCAUAAAUAUUGAACCAUCAGGUCUGUGACAACUUUCAUGACAUGUCUUGCAGGUAUGAUAUCAAGUCAACAGAAACCCUGUUUGACAAUGCGACACGCAGCAGAAUAGUGAGUCAAAAAAAACAAACCUUUCUAUUUAUUAUGUAUGUAUUUUUUUCAUGUGUGUCACAUAUAUCACUUUUGCUCUGUGUGCAUCUAGGUGGCUGAAAUUAUUUCACGCGUCACAUGCAGACAAACCUGUCAAACCACCGGUGGGGUGUCAUUUUUCUUUCAUAUACAUGAUGUCAGAAAAAAUAUGUUUCCCUCUUGAUGUUUCUGUGACACCGUGUUUCUUUGUGUCAUAAGGCAUCAGCUCAUUGUUGGCCCAGAGUGUCUACGAAUCUGCCUUUCCUCUUCAUGAUGUGAGUAUAGUAGAAACUUAUCUAGACAGUGCGAGAUCGUGUUUGCUCAAAUUUUUAACUGCAUCAAUUCAUUAUUUUAGCAUAUGUCUGUUAUCAUUACACAAAUAUGGGUAUUUAUUUAUCUUUGACCUGCAUUUAACCGAAUGGACUGUAUCAUAUUGGGCAGUCAUGUCUAUCAGUGUAUGUGCAGUAUAAUGUUUAAGCUUGAAAACUCCACCUGCAGUGAUGAUAAUGUAUUAAGCAUGCCAUAAUGUAAGGCAUUCUUUAUUUUGUGUUUUUUAAGGGAUCGUUCACAAGGAGAGGAAGAAAAGAUCAGCGUAAUGACAGACAGGUGAAUGGCUUCUAAUGCGUUGUGGACUGAUGUAUUUGAAAGUAUAUUAAAAAUAGAAGAUGAAAAGCUCUUUGACAUCCUGUAUAAUUUAGGACGAUAUUCAGUAUAUGAGUAAUCCAAAGUGCCAUUGUACUAUUGUGUAUUUAUUUUAAGAAGCUUGCUGUUACUAACGUACUGUGUUACUGUGUUGUACGUUUUCAGCUCCUUCAUGAAGAAUGGGCGAACUAUGGAGUCAUGUAUAGAUACCAACCUGUGCACCUCAUUAGGUAUUUACUUAUAAUAACAACCAAUAAAUCACGGUGCUGAGCCAUAUGCGUAAACUGAUGAUCUUGAUAUGGAUGUAUGAUAAUUUCUAAUUUGUUCUUACUUGGAAAUAAUAAGUGAAAUUGAAACAUGCAAAUUCAUGAACAGGAAAAAGGAGCUCAAUAAAGCACAGCAGAUUUGUGUUAUGAAACAGCACAGAUGAUGCUAUUUAGAUAAAUACAUUCCCAAACCAAGGCAGCUUUUUUGAUGUUAGUUUUUAAUUUCACAGGAAGUACUUUGGAGAACAGAUUGGGUUGUACUUUGCCUGGCUGGGGGUUUAUACUCAGCUCCUCAUCCCCCCCUCUGUACUGGGCAUCAUCGUCUUCCUGUAUGGCAUAUUCACAGUGGAUACAAACAGGCCAAGGUAAGCAGACACAAACUCUUCAAACUUAUGCCAGUGUAUUAUCACAUAUAUGUUUAUAAUAUUCAUUUUUGUUUUUUAUAUGUGCAUUUCAGCCAGGAGACAUGUGACAACAACCUUAACAUAACCAUGUGUCCGCUGUGUGAUGGCGUCUGUGACUACUGGCUUUUGAGUACCGUGUGCUCUCUUGCCCGAGCAUCAUACCUGUUUGACAACGGGGCCACUGUGCUCUUCGCCAUUUUUAUGUCUCUGUGGGGUAACUGCAGUUUCUAAUGCACUUCUUUAAUAUACCAGUUAAAUGGACACCAACAAGAGUCAGAUUGACUUAAUAAAACAGAAAAUUUAGAGCUCAAAAUUAAACGCUAAAAGUUCUAACAGCAUUUUGUGUAUUAUCUUGUAGCUGCCUGUUUUCUUGAGCACUGGAAAAGGCGACAGAUGUGUCUAAGACAUACCUGGGAUCUGAUGAGCCUAGAGGACGAAGAGGUACUAAAUAGUUUGUAGGAUAUUGUAUUUAAUGGUGAAACAUAGAAACAUGUAUUAUUUUAAAAAGAGAAACAGUCUUCAUAAUGAAUUUUUGUGUUUACUGUUUGUUGAAAGGCCAGGUCAGUUAAGGUGACAGCGUUAACCUUUUCUUAGCUCAGUCUAUAAGGAUGACAUUGACAGGUCAAGGUUUACCUUAGAGAUUAUCGUAUGACUCUAAACAAGCCAACCCCCCAGCAAACACCAACACAUAUGACCGCUCAUGCACACAUCCAGUGACUCUUUGCCCUGUGAGGAGGUGUAAUGGGAUUGGUGUGCUCUUAUAGCACUGCGCUUGCUGGCUGAGAUGACGCAGCAGGGUCCCGAUGUAAACACUCCAACCCUUAUACAACUGUCUUUCUGUCCCAUCUCUCUCUCUCCUUCCCUGUCUCUCUCUUUCUUUCUCUUCCUGUUUUCUGUAUUUCUGCUACCUGAAGGACCGUCUGCAGGUGGGCAAGUUUUCCUCAUCCUUUGAAUGGACCCACCUCUGGUUUAAUAAGCUGUAAUCUUCCAUAAAAAGCAUUUGUUUUUAUGAUCUGUUGAAGGUCACACUAUCACAAAAUUUGAAAAAAGGAAUUAUGUGCAAAUAUUGGUUUAUUUCUUAAUUGAUUGCAUUUUCUGGUCAGUUUUCACUUCUCUUAUUAUUUAAUGAGAUUUUUUUUUUAUGUUUUCCUAUUCUGAAUCUAAAAUCACAGUCUGGGUGCUGUUUGAACAGUGAUGAAUGGUCUCCUCCAGCAAACUAAAAGAAGAGUGUUUAUGUUUUUGGACAGAAAAUGUGUACUUUCCAGUCUAUGAACUACUCUAUACAUGUUGACUGCAGUCAUGGCAAUUAUAUAUAAACUUACAACAAUAUGAUGCCGCUGUACUUGUUGUUACUUUAAGUGUAGAGACAGAGGUUUACAUAGAUGUAGAGUCAUGGCUCAUGUAUUGUAAAGGUUUUACUAACUGUGGAUGUGCUUCUUACCUGUGUGUGCUACAGGAGGAAGUGAGGCCUGAGUAUGAAGACGCUCUUAAAGAGAAAAAAGCUAAGAUGAGAGCAAAGUCUAAGAAAAAGGUACUGUGUCUUGGUGUUGUUGUUGUUUUUUUUUUUAAGUCAUUUCUAAGACUUCUUAUACAGAACGCUAAAAUACUUAAAUUGACGACUUGUUCUCAGUUUUGUUUUGUUUGUUUGUUUGUUUUUCAAAUCUGUUGCAGUCGACUAAAGCUGUGAGUGGUGUUGACGGAGAAACAGACCAGAUGCUGUCCUCUCAGGUAUGCUGGUCAGUCAUAAUGAGAAAAGAGUUGCAGGGGGAGGGGAUUUAACUUGUAUUAACAGAGAAUUAACAGAUGCUAAUACAGAUCUUCCUUCUACAAUUACAACACACAUAGUGACGGCAAACAACUGUUGCUCUUUAAGCAAAAAUGACAGCCUGUCUAGGUUUUUAAUCAGCCUAAGUAGGUGGAGACAGACUUAAAUUGAAGGGAAAUUUUUUGUGUAAUUAAAAAUGUUUAAUUGAAAGUUUCAAAAACAAAUUUACAGCAUGGAACAAAAGAAUGAUCAAAUAUUUGGACUGUAUAAAAUCUCUGAAUGUCUGAGUUAAUGUAGGUGCAUAAAGAGGAAACACCCCUCGCCUACAGUGGGUGGUUGAGUCCAAAGCUGCUUACCUGCCUCAGAUUAGCCCAGAUUACGGAUGGAGAGAGGAAAGGGAGGAGAGAGGAAGGAGGGGUGGGGAGUUCUGUCCUUUCAGAUGACACACAUAUUCUUGCCAGAGAGUAAACAUAAUGUUUGAAGGAAAAUGUGCUCACCAUUACUAAACAUUACACUGUGGAUGCUUUAAAGCAUUUAAAAAUAUAUGUGCUCUUCUUUUUCUUCUUCUGUAAUAAAGUGUUGUACAUGUUUUUUUCUGAUAGCGGGAGCCGGAGUCCCUGGAAAUUGAGGAUCACCUGCCAGGUUACCUCAUCAAUAUGUCCACCUUGCUACUACUGGUAAUGCAUUUCUAAUCUGAUUACAUUGUCAAUUUAGAAACCUCCAUCUAAUUAAAUGAUAUUAUAUGAGUUUGUUGCUGCUCAUCUGGUUACUAAUUAAUUUCCCAACAACACUGGGAACCCUGAGUACAAUCAAUAAUUUGUAUUUUCUCAACUAAUCCAGUUCUCAACUUAACUGUACACAGAAUAUAAUAUAAAAAUGCAAUAAAGAAAUGCAAAUAAGUACAAGGGACACAUUGAGAACAUUUUUUUGAAGACUUCGAGAUACAAGUCGUAAACUUAUGAGAAUGAAGUCAUUAUUUAUGAGAAUAAAGUCAUGAACUUAAGAGAAUGAAGUCAUUAUUUAUGAGAAUAAAGUCAUUAUGGAUGAGAAUAAAGUCAUAAACUUAAGAGAAUUAAGUCAUUAUUCAUGAGAAUUAGGUUGUGAAUUUACAAGAAUGAAGUACUUAUUUAUGAGAAUAAAGUCAUUAUUCAUGAGAAUUGAGUCAUGAACUUACCAGAAUGAAGUCAUUAUUUAUGAGAAUUGAGUCAUAAACUUCCCAGAAUGAAGUCAUUAUUUAUGAGAAUAAAGUUGUUAAUUUACGAGAAUAAAGUAAAUAUAUCAAAACCAAAUAAAAUAGAUUUUGUCGUGUACUUUUUGUUAGAAGUACACUUUUCAUUCUUAAGUACUGUCAAACCCAACGAAGUCUUGUUAUCUGCUGUUUUGUGAAAUAACAAUGCUGUGUGUACUUCAGGUCUUCGUCACAUUCUCAGCAGUGUUUGGGGUGGCGGUCUAUCGUAUCUGCAUGUUAACCGUGUGGUCCAUGAACCCUGAUCAUGACGCCAAGGCCAGUGUACGGAUGACCGUCACCACCACUGGCAUCAUCCUGAACAUGCUGGUUGUUUUGGUAUUGGAAGAGGUCUACGGUGCCAUUGCGGUGUGGCUGACUGAAAUCGGUAUUUUUUCUUAUUCAAACUUUCUGGUUUGUUCAGCCUUCCUGUGUUGUGGCUGAAAAUGUGUUUAAUUGGAGACUAGAGUAGCUUUAUUAUUACAAAGUUUGUUUUUUGUUGACAUCUCAUUGUAUUAUCUGCAAGAGAACUGGUUUGCUUUCUGAACACAGUCAGAUGAGGUUAACUGUAACAGCAAGGUUCAUGUUAAUCAUUGAUUUAAACAUAACCAGGAAUGGGUAACAUACUGUUUACAAUCUCUGUGUCUCCUGUCCAACAGAGCUCCCAAAGACAAAGGAAGAGUUUGAAGAGAAGCUGAUCUUUAAGUCUUUCUUUCUAAAAUCCAUGAACGCCUUUGCACCUAUUUUCUAUGUGGCCUUCUUCAAGGGCAGGUAUGUGUCUGUUUUGAGGUAUUAUCACUUUGGAUUCUCGUCCUUUUCUUUCUCUGUUCUUAAUGGUGUGGUUCUGUGCCUCUCCCCUGUAGGUUUGCUGGGAGGCCUGGAGAUUAUGUUUAUGUCUUUGGAGACUAUCGCAUGGAGGAGGUAGACUUGAGACACAUUUUGUUGUUGUUUUUCUUGAUGCGUUUGUAUAUGUACGGUAAAAGCAUCUGUAAAAUCAAACCCUUGCUUUACAGUGUGCUCCACCAGGCUGCCUCAUUGAGUUGUGCAUCCAGCUCAGUAUGAUCAUGCUUGGGAAGCAGCUAAUCCAAAACAAUGUGUUUGAAGUCCUCAUACCGUGAGUGUGCUUUUUUUUCCCUUCUCACGGAUAUUUCAUUUGCAAAACAUCAAGUCCUGCUAUAUUUGCCUUGACACAUUCUUGCUUUUUGCAGUAAGCUGAAAAAGAUGUACAGAACAAUGCAGGAAGAAAAAGGAAAGAAAAGAGAGGCAGAUGAAGAUAGUGAUGAAGAGCAGAGACCAAAGCAGCAAUUUGACAAGGAUUUCAUCCUUGAACCCUAUGAGGGUGUGACCCCAGAAUACAUGGAAAUGAGUGAGUCUCUUUCAGUCUCUUGCCUCAUGCAGUUACUCAAUACUUCAAUUAUACAUGUCAUGUUUUAACAAUGUGUGCCUGCUCCCGUGUGUGUUUAAAAAUUCACAGUUAUCCAGUAUGGGUUUGUGACUCUGUUUGUGGCCUCUUUACCACUGGCACCAGCAUUUGCCCUGCUCAACAAUGUCAUUGAGAUUCGUCUCGAUGCUGCAAAGUUUGUCACUGAGAUCCGUCGGCCUGAUGCUGUGAGAUGUAAAGACAUAGGUACAGAUCACACACGAGCAUGUUCACUCUAUCAGCCUCUGUGUAGAUGUGAAAUGAAUGAUGUGAAAACUUAAAAUUACUUUCUUUUCCUUCCCUCUGCUCUGUCCCUCAUUUUUGUCUCUUUGUCUCUAUGUUUGUCUGUCUGUUCCUAACCUUUACAAAAACACACACGCACACAAUACACACAAAUACACGCAUGGAUGGACACUCUUCUCUUCCCUCUUUGUCUCUUUGCAUGCACAUGCUCUCUACAGGGAUUUGGUACAACAUUCUCUGUGGAAUCAGCAAAUUCUCUGUCAUUACCAAUGUAAGUGUGUUUGAGUGAGUGUGUAUGUCCUUUGUGUCCAUAACCUUUGAAUUCUGGUAUAAAAUAAGUUACUGAAACAACCUGCUGAAGUGAUUGUGUUAAAAAGGUUGUGAAAGAUUUGUCUUCCUUUUUUUAAAUUUUAAUAAUUUUGUCUUUCAUAUGAAGUUGAAUAAUAUUGUUUUCAGUCGUUCUUCUGUUUCUCAUCAAAUCCCAUUGUGUGUUUUAUUGUGGUCUAACAAAUGUGCUCAAUGCAUUCGCUCCAUCAUGAAACCUUACUGAGUGAUAUCUGUUUAUAAAUGGGUUAGCAGCGAGCAGAGCUGGAUUCUAGGUAGACAGCCAUCUGCCUCAAACGUGAACUGAGAGAAGUCAUUACUACAGACAGGUAGAAAAAAUAUAUGUAAUAGCAAUAAUAAAUAAUAUGCUUUUUUAAAUAUUAAAACAACUGUGAUAAUAUUAUAACACACAUUGGCUACAGCAAGAGGAAAAAUUAGGCAGACUAAAGAUUAUAAUAACAGUACCAACCAAACAGAGUUGGGCAAUGACAGCAGGAAACCCCUCAACAAUGAUAGAUGGAAUAAAUAAAAAGAAAAAUGAAUCAAGUCGCCCAGCAGACAGUGCCUAAAGCAGCAUUAUAAUAAAGUUGUAGCAGAAAGAUAGACCUCAAAACUGCAGUUAUCAUAGUACUGGGGCGGCAGUAACUCAGGAGGUAGAGCGGUCGUCCAAUCACUGGAUGGUUGGCGGUUCAAUUCCCCUCUAUCCCUAGUCUGUCUGUUGUGUCCUUGGGCAAGACACUUAACCUUUCUCCCAGUGUGUGUCCUCCACUGGUGUAUGAAUGUGAGUAUUGUGUGGUGGUGGUGGUGGUCGGAGAGGCUGUAGGCGCGAACUGGCAGCCCACUUUCCGUCUGUCUAUACCAGGGCAGCUGUGACUACUAAGGUAGUUUACCACCACCAAGGUGUGAGUGUGUGAGCAAAUAAAUGAUGUAUCCAAUGUAAAGCGCUUUGAGGGUCUGAUAAAGCGCUAUAAAAAUCUGAUGCAUUAUCGUUAUUAUUAUUUAGAGAAAUAAAAUGACAUAAAAUAAAGAAGACACCAUACACAACGAAUAACAAAGUUGAAUAUUAUUAGGAUGACUAUAGAUGUAAAAGAGAGAUAACAUCAUGGAUUUUACGAAAAGGUUUUUAUCAGUAAAGUUUCUGUUUUCACAUUUGAACUCAGUUUAGUGUUCGCUAAUACUACAUGCUAAUCUAUCAACAUAAGAUGUAUCGCACCGUUCAGUCACUCCACUUAUUUGUCCUCUCAGGCGUUUGUCAUCUCCUUCACGUCGGAGUUUGUUCCACGAAUGGUUUACCAGUACAUGUACAGUGUAAAUGGUACUAUGAAUGGCUACAUAGAGCACUCGCUGUCCUACUUCAAUGUCAGCAACUUUCCACCAGGCACUGCGCCACCCACCAACAUCUCCAUGUGCAGGUCAGUGAGUCCCUUUAACCUUGACAUACCUGGAUAUUCCUUUAAAUCCCUGAGCCUUGCAGAUUAACUCUGACUUUCCCUAAAUACAAAACUUGUCUGGAGUUUACAGAAACUGUCAAAUGUGUCAUUUAUAGCAGGGAUUUUGCUGAGACUAAUCUUUCCAAGAAGCGCCAUGCCAUAGCGAUGUUCGUUUAUGCAUUCAGAGUUCCUUCUCACUAAUACUCUUACUGGAAUUUUCAGAUUCAAGGACUUCAGAGACCCACCUUGGGAUCCAGACCCUUAUAGCUUCUCCAAGGAGUACUGGUCCAUACUGGCAGCAAAACUGGCUUUUGUAAUAUUCUUUCAGGUAUAGUAAUAUUAAUUUAAAUGCAGCUAUUUGAGGACAGGUGUGCUCAGUUUGUUGUCAGUCAAAGACAAAUCCUCUUCAGAGUUGUUUCAUCAUAUCAGUUCAAUUUGACAGACAUGUAGGGAAACACCAACCCAGCUUUUCUUCUCCUGUUAGCGAUUCUGUGACAUUUCAAUACAGAUAAUCUCCUGAUAGAAAUACUUGAUCUAACGACAGCACUUUCUUUAUCCCAAAUUUAAAAUCUGUAUACCUCACUUUGUGGAACAUAUUGGGAUUAUUUUUAUGUAAUAAGGUCAGGGAUUAUAAUGGCACUAAAAGUCUGAAACCUGCAAUGUCUGAGUUGGGUUUUGCAGAGAUGCAGACAGUCUGGGAAUCUAAUAGCAGCAUUGACAAAGUGAAACCAUAACACUGAUAUAAGUCAUUGAUGCCUGGGACAACACGCAAUCAGCUUAUAAGGGUCAGUAGUCACCUGAUCCUGGGUCGCUGUGUUGUUGUGGACCGGAGGAUUGUAAAGUCCAUUUAGCCUGUAAAAUGGUAUCCUUUAAUAGCUAAAAAUAGUUUGUUAGAAGUUUAAAGCAGCAUAAACUAAAAGCAAACAAAUACAUUUCUGACGAAAACAUUUCCUUGUAUUUUUUCCCGCAGAACCUCGCCAUGUUCCUCAGCAUGCUGGUUGCCUGGAUGAUCCCAGACGUACCACGAUCCCUGAGGGAACAACUGAAGAAAGAAAAUAUGUUGCUGAUGGAGUUUCUGCUGAAUCAAGACCAAGAAGCACGUGCCAAAUAUCACUCUCCAAGACGCUCUGUCCCCCACUUCCCCAGCAUCAUAGACAUUGUGGUGGAAGCACCGCCAGAGGAACAAGAGGAGCAACAAGAAGAAGAGGAGCAGGAUGUAGAAACCAGUUUGGAUGUCCCCAUAAGGACUGAUGACGCUGACCCAGAACUUACAGAGACUUUGGAAGUUCUUGGAGAAACUGAAGAGGAAGAGCAAAAGGUUGAAAGAGUGGGUGAGGUUGAAGAGGUAGAGGAGGAACAAAAGGAGAAAGCUGAGGAGCUAAAUGAAAAGGAUGGAAAAGAAGACAGUGAACAAGAGGAGAAAGGAGAAAAAGAGGAUAAAGGAGAAAAGGAGGAAAAAGAAGAAGAAGAAAAUGAAGCCAAAGUAAAAGCAGCUGAAACAGAUCACUUCACCGUUAAUUUGGAUGCCCUCAUGGGUGAACUGGGCCUUUUAGGUGAGAGGAGAGAUUUGAUCCAUCUGUUUUGCUUCACAUCUAAUUAAAUUUCUCUUAGCUCUGAUUUUGUCCUGUGUCAUCCUAAUAAUUUCUCUUUUUCUGAUUUUAAAGAUGAAGAACCCUCCUCAAGCACGAUGACUGAUGCAGAGCUCCCUCGCUCGGACUCCAAACAGGAAAUCCAGAAAGACCAGGAUCCCACGUCACGCCCAUCAUCCAACAGAGGUUCAACCCAGAGUCUGAAAGGCUCAAAGGGAGAACUUGCAGCAUCAAGUGUUGACAAUAAGCCCAUCUCACUAAUUGCUCCCCCACCUCCCAGAGAACCCGGCUCAAGGGCAAAGACCCGCUGCUCCACCCUGCCUUCCCGCCACAGAGGUGCAGAGGCGUGUUACAGCCUGCCACGGCCCAGCCACUCCACCAGCCUCACCAGGAUCCAGCAGCCGGCCACACUCGCUCCCCUUGUUCCUCUCGGUACCUCAUUAUCAGCCUCAUCCAACCCAUUUACUCCUCCACAUACACCAGUGUCCCCUUCCUCUCCACAGCCCACACAGGACCCAGCAGCCCAGCAGCUCAUAGCCCCCAAAGAACUUUUUGCGUUGAAAGGUCCUCCACCUCAGCAGCCUCGCUCUAGGGCCAAAGCCCGGUGCUCCACCCUGCCUCCACGACAAAGAGACCCCGGUCCAGAAGAGCAACGCGCCAAGCCUAGCCACUCCACCAGCCUUACAAAGCUGGGAGAUCGCAUUCCCCCUUCCCCUAGUGAACUCAAGCGCGAGACCUUGUUAUGAGGGGAACUGGAGGGCAAAAGUAAAGGACAGUGGGUGGCAGAGGGAGGGGGAGGACUAUCCAGAUUAGCCUCUCCUGUCUGUGCCUGGAGCCUCAUUCCCCCCUGUCUGUUCUGUCUAUCUGCACCAAUAAUACCUGGGGUCUGAGGAUAGGCCAUCCAGAUCAACAGAACAUCCUUUAUAUCCUCUUGAUCUUUACAAAGUUGUCAAUACUGCACUCUGGUUUAGGAGUGAUGGAGUUGCAGGGAGUGGUGAAAAAUCAAGAGAACUGCUACUCUCAAACUUUCUCUGCUGUGCCCCAAUAACACACUUCUGUAAGACGGAGUAUUAUGGACACAUUAAGAAAAAAAAAAUUAACUUUGAGAAAAUUAAGACUUCGGGAUUAAAGUCAUUCAUUUACGAGAAUAAGUCAUUACUAACGAGAAUGAAGUCGUAAUCAACUACUACUACUACUAUACUUAUGAUAAUGUGGUGCUGAUGUGCCAAAAGAUUAAGUAUCUCCUUGUUUGAGCGACAUAUAUUGAAGUACAUUUUCACAAAAUGCUCCAUGGCUUUCAUUUCAACAGCUGUCAUCUUAAACAGCAGGUUAGAAUAUAAGGACUUUAUUCUGACUUUUACUCUUUAUUCUCAUUAGUUAUGACUUUAUUCUCGUAAAUUAACUACUUUAAUCUCAAAGUCUUAAUUUUUUUUCUUAAUGUGGCCCUAAUACUCCGUCGUUCUUCUGGGACUUGACUAACUUAAUUUUUAUUUAUUUUUUUUCUGUUUUUCUCGAUUUGUUUCUGCACGUACACAGACACCGCUCAUUAGCUGCUGCUUCUCUGUUAUUUCCGGUUCCACACAUGUAGCAGUGCUGCCUUGUAGACCAGAAAAAGAUGAACAGCACAGCUAGUAUCAACAGAAAUGCUUGUAGAAAUUUUGAUAUAUAAAAAAAAUGUAAAACUGUAAUAAAAGGAGAUAUUUUUGAUAUUUGUUUUUUUCUUCCAAAAUCUUCAGUGUAUGGGGUGUUUCAUGCAGGAUUGUUGGGUGUUAAUUUCUGACACUAAUGAUGAGCCCGAAUGCAUUGGAAAGUGUAUGUCGCCCCUUUGUGGUGAUAAGUGAAACAACAACAAAAAAAAUAGUAUUUUGUAUUGUAAUAUAGAUGGGCAUUGUUUUUUGUGUCCCCCUGAAUCUGACAUAUUUCUGUUUCUCCUAAAAAGUAUGAAAAACGCCUUGCUAUUUGAAUUUAUUGCCCAAAUAUUUUAUAUAAGUCUUUAUAUAAACUGAGCAGGUGAAAUAGUUUAUUCUAACUGCAGUCAGUUUCUAUCGGCGUGUUUGAUAUUAACCAGAACAGCAGUUAACACAGACUCAUGUUUCACUCUCCUGCAUGCAAAAGUUCCCUUUUUCUCCCCUGUCCAUAACCUGCUAUGGCUCCUCCUCCCCCCCCUUGCUCCACCACUGAAUGGGGCCUUUGUGGGGGCUUCCCGGCAUUCCAAGGGAAUUCUUGCAGGUGAGGGUACAUGCAAACAAUCGCACACUCUAAUAACUGCUCCAGUUUACUAUUUACGACUGAAUAUACAAAAAUGCUCCAACAGCAUGUGAGAGCUUUUCCAGCACUGAGCUAACCUUUCCUUAGAGGACUUGCCGCAGCUAACAGGGUGUGAUCUCGAGAGCAGACAGAGUGGGAGGGAAGGAUCCCAUUCUUUCCAACCAGGUGAGCGACCACACACAUGCUCCAAAAUCAACAUGCUCACUGAAGCCUGUCACCUCGCACACAGAUGAGGUACAUUAGGGAAAGCAUUAGCUCUUGAGUCAAUAUUUGCCUUUUUAUUGAAACUUUUAAUGCGAUCUUUGAAGAAUGACUCCACAACAGUUGAGACAGUGAGCUCAGGAUCCAACAGAGCUGUUAUCUAAUGUGGAUAAGUGUGGUACAUGAACUGUAUGAGUAUCAAACUGGCUCUGCACUUAUACAAAUUCUUGGAAACACAAACUUACAUGUGACAAACUGAAGGUGAGUGUAAGAUUCAGUGUGUGUGUGUGUGUAUAUAAUAGUCAAAAUAUUCUGUAACGGACUUGCAUCCAAGGACUAUACCGCCAAACACUGACACCCUUUGGCAUGAAACUUGAUAUUUUUAGCUUUUCAGGUGUGUCAGCUUCUGAAGACUUUCAUUGGACAUUUGUCACAAACCUCCUUCUGUAUCUGUCUCAGCUCUCCUCUCCUCUGUUGGAACUUGUCAAGAGGACACUGCCUGCAGGUAUGUAUGCUCAUCUUCUCAUGCUGGCUUAACUCACUCUGAAUACCAGGGGCGCACAAAUAUUGAGACAAACUAAUGAGACAAAAAAACAACAGUUUUGAUUUGUUUAGAUAGCUUCAAGUUUGCUUAUUUUGUGGUUGAUUUUUCACAGCUCAAAUCAAACUUCUUUAUCUACAAUCUUUUGUGGGCAGAGUCCACCUAAGGAAGGACUUUACUUUGCUCUAAUCUUGCUCC